AUGUCCCAAGAUUUCAUUAAUACUGAUAGUCCUACUUCUAUUUUAAGUUCGAAAAAAUUACCUACAAAUACCCAGGCUGCUAAAAGUUUUAUUCCUAAAGAAUUAGCUGUUGAAUAUAAUAUUGAUUAUACCCUGGCAUCUGAUAAUACUGUUAGAAUGCCUUGUGACUCAGAAAAUGGUCUGAUACAUACUCUAGGAAAAAAGGUGGUUCCUGAUGAUUGUAAUAAGCAGGAGAAAGACACUGACGCUCUGACUCGCGAAGGGUUUUUGCCUCAUAAUAAGUUAGAAAACGAUCAAGCGGAUGAUGAGAACGAUGGUAGCACUGAAAACAAUUCCAAACUAGGACAGCCAUCAUUUAGCUAUGAUUCUGAAAUUUUUGAACUUUGUAAACAUUAUCUCACGACGAAGAAUCAUCAAGGUUUGGCAUUGGUUGCUAGACAAAAAGGUUUACCCCCCUUCUUAAGAUUUAAAAUUUGGCCAAUACUAUUGAAGCACCAUCCAUUUGUCGUUAAUCCAUUUAUUGAGCCAGAUAACGAAGUCCAUAAUGAAAAUGACACAAACACUGAGGAAGAUCUCAAGCUGAACAUAAAGAGGGACUUGCUAAAAUAUAUACAUCGUUUGAACUACUCAAAUUUAAUUGAUUUGAAUAAUGCUUCAAGAGAAGAACAAGAAAUCUUCAAAAUUUUGGAAUCUUCAAUUUUAAAAUUCGUUAAUAAAUGGGGAAAGAUAAUCAAAUAUGAUCAUGCGUUGACAUGGAUUGCAUUAGGUCUCGCUGAAUGGUUUCCUCCAAUCCCUAAUACAUCAUGGGUCUUGGUAGGUAGAGAUUUUCCUUCAUCCAAAACAUCGUGCAUUAAAAACCUUUUUCAUGAUUAUUCGAAUUAUAUUAAUAAUGUUCCAAACCUAAGUGAAUAUCUUGAGGAUUUAGUUAACGAUAAAGAAAUUAUUAACAUGUCCUUUCGAGACGUUUAUGAACGGUUAGUUUUAGUUUUAUUGCAUGCACCUGAGGAAAAGAUUAAGAAUAAAUCAAAAGAUUUAUUGGGCCCAAAGAAAAUUAAUAGAAAGAUCUUACCCAUUAAUGGUGGUACUAUAGAAGAAAGAGUUUCUUUUUUUAUUUACUGUUUUAGAAAGUUAUUACCUGAAUUAUCGCAAUACUUCCAAGAAGAACAGAUCUUAAAUAAGUUUGGUAGUCAUGAUGAUGAAUGGUUAAUCUGGUGGUUAAAGUGGUGUGGCUCAAAAGUUUGGUCAAGGUUAGAUCGAGGAAGAAUCUGGGAUUUAAUUUUUGGCUGGAGGUUACAAAAUUUCAAGAAAUCAAAUUCAUAUUAUGUGGAAAAACUAGGUUUGAGUAACAACCUAAUUAAUAAGUUGGGUCCCGACAAUUUUUGGUCUGUAAGUAAAGAUAAUGACGACCUGACAAUAGAAAAUUAUAAGAAGUCUAAUUCAUUUAAGGAUUUAAUUAAUGAACUCAAUAUUAAUGAGUCAUCAAAUUCGAAUUCUCCUACUUCCAAUUCCCCGCUGAAUUCUUUAAUUAAUGAAGACUUACUUCCUCCGCUGCCAUUAUCUUCCUCUUCAUUGUCAUCAUCCAACAUUGCUCUGACCGAUGAAUUCAACAUCCCCUUCUCGAAAUUGGAUCCUCAUGUUGAAUUAUUGUUUGUCACUUUGGCAUUAUUAAAAUCUAAAGAGAACACAUUAAUGGAGCUAGAUCAACAUGAAAUCAGACAAUUUUUGUCAAGAUUACCCACAAAAUCCAUAAAUAUAAGUAAUAAGUACAAGCAUUUCAAACCACAGGAACCAGAUGUUAAUAGCAAUAUUAUAUCAAACGACUCCAGGAAUAAUCAUAAAAUUGAUUUCAUGGAUAAUAUUAUUAACGAGUCUGGAGAAUUGUGGAGAAAAUGGCUAUGGCUGGAAAUGAUUGAUGAUAAUUAA